AGGUUUUGUUUUCAAGGUUGACAUGAACGCGGUAAACCGAUUGUAAUAUGCCGAGGCAGCGUUCAUACACUCCAACUGAACAAGACAAGGCAAAGUCAGUCAAUAAAGAAUUUUUUAGUAAGCAAUACAAAUCUUUGAAGACAUAUAUCCGAAGUACUGGCUCUAAUCCUGUUCUCAACUCAGGAAUAUGCUCAUCACAAAGUCCUAGGAUACCUGGAUCUCCUGCUUCGUUAGCCGCAAAGAAAGGUGUCUUUUAUCAAGAUGACAGUGGAAAAAUUAUCAGCUUAAGUAAAUCAAGGAAAUCUAACCAUUCCGAUGGCAGUAAGCUGAUUUCCGAUUCGAAAAGUAGACUGAUACUGGACUUGUCCUCUUUGGGGCUUGAUAGCGUUUCUCCGGACAUCGGGAGUCUCAGUCAUUUAAUAGAGCUUUUUUUGUAUGAUAAUAAGUUAACAUGUCUUCCCUUGCAGAUUGGACUUCUGAAAAACCUCCAGCGGUUGUGGCUCCAGGAAAACUCCCUCACAUUUCUACCAGAUGAGCUUGGUUAUUGUUCAAAACUAACUCAUCUUGAUAUCAGGCAUAACAGACUUGAAGGUUGCAUUCCUGUUGUUCUCACAAAAUUCACUUUAAUGAAACAACUCUACCUGACUUACAAUAAAUUAACAGAUAUAUCUGCUAUUGGUAAUUUAUGUUUUUUACAGACAUUAGUAGUGAAAAGUAAUCAAUUGCAAGGACCGAUUCCAGAUUGUAUUGGAAAUCUUACGCAACUAAAAACUCUGGAUCUAUCGAAGAAUCGUUUGACCAAAAUUACUGAAAAUAUAGGCAAUUGUAAAUUACUAUCCCGUUUUCUUGUGGAUUAUAAUCAAAUUGAUGAAUUGCCAAAAUCAAUUGGUCAACUUUCAGAACUUACGGUACUAGGAAUUAAAUACAACUGCUUAAGUGAACUCCCAGUCACAAUUUGUAAUUGCGAGAAAUUGACCGAGUUGAAUAUUGAAGGUAAUCAUAUAACUCAGCUACCGGAAAAUCUAUUGUGUCAUUUAAAAGACUCACUUUCUGUAGUACUAUCUCGUAAUGAUUUCAGUUCUUUCCCGAUCGGUGAUAAAGCUCAGUAUAAAAAUGUCAAACAUUUCAGAUUGGAUUAUAAUCGUUUAGAAUUAUUCGAAGCAGUUCAGCUGUCAGAAAACACUCAAUUAACUACACUAAACUUAUGCAACAAUAAUAUUAUCACUUUAGACUUUACAGGUACACUCGGUUGACCAAUCCCAAACAGAACGAAACUUGCGUCAUGGAUUUCACUUCUAGCUACAUUCCAUUUAUUACAAAGUGAAAAGUGGUCAUUUAUCAUUAUAUGUAUUUCUUACAAUUCAUCAAGGUAUUUCAGGCCAUACGUUCUAGACAAUUUCGUCUCCUUUGAAACGUAGAUAUAAGAAGCAAGAUUUCUUUUCAACUCUGGCUUAAUUAAUCACAGACUAAAUUCGGCGUUGAAAGUUGCCUACCCAGCAGCUAAAUUAAUGACAGUAUGGAAAACGAACUGCUCACUCAAAGAAACUAAAAUCGACAAGUCCUCUUUUCUUAGUAGCUCCAACUGCAUUUACCAAUUCACAUGUACGUGCCAAAGCACAUACAUUGGAAGAACUGAGAGAAGAGUACAUGUUCGUAUUUCUGAGCAUGUUCCAAAGAACUUGAGGCUGAGAGGGACGAAGGUUCUUAACAGUGCGAUAGCUCGGCAUUUACUGGACACCGGGCAUACCAUUGAUAUCUCACACGCUUUCAAAAUUAUCAAUAUACAACGAAGUACUACUACUCUCCGGUUCGAUUGCGAUAAAAAAACUUAAACCGGAUUUAUGCAUUCAAAAAGAGACGUUAAUAAACUUAUCAUUACCCUGGUAACUUUUUUUUUGUGUGUGUUAUUUUAUUCACUUAUUUUCAAAAUAUUCAUUUUGGGUUAUAUUCCCCCCAUUACCUAAUUCUUAAACCAACUUUCCAUUCACACAUUUCCACCCACUAAUCCUCUUAUAUCAUGUUAACCUUCCUAAUUCUAUUCAAUUAUUACGUAACCUAUCUUAUCACUGUUCUAUUACCUCUAAAAUAAUUAUCACACAAUGUAUAAACUCCAUUCAACUAUUACAUGACCCAUCUUUAAUUGUUUCCUUAAUCCUAACACCAAUUAACCUCUGACCUGUUCUAGCAUAUAUAUAUAUAUAGUUAUUAUUGUAAACCUUUGCCAUUCCAGUUAUUUACAUUCAUUUAUGCCAAUUGUUUUACACUAUCUCAAUGUAAAAAUUUUUUUUAUCACAUAUUUGGUUGUAAGCAGCUGACGAGAAACCUCGAAAUAUUAUGAAUUCAUACUAUUCUGCAUCAAUAUUUGUUCUUGCUUUAUUUAAAUUCAUAAAGGGAACUAACUGUAUGAAAUAAUUUUAAAAUUUUAUCCUUCUGUAAGGUUUUAAAUUUUAUUUAAUCGAACUUGGUAACUUCAGUCGAAACUUUAAUGUUAAUGGAACCUUACAUAUUUAUAUUAAUAACCACAUGAUAACUUCAGUAAACUGUUCUUUGAACGAUUAAAUGUAAAUCCGAAUUCAGUCAACUAGUUCCUGAAAAUACUGAUCAAUCAAGCAUAUUACCGUGGUUUUACUUGUAAUCCUAAUUAAUUAUCAGAAAUAAUGUUAGCUUAUAAACUUUUAUUUAUUGUUUUUCAGCAGUUUCAAUAUUUACUUGUUCUUUUAUCAAUAAAUUUGUCAUGAAAUUAUCUUUUCUUGCAUCAAACGUACUAAAGAUGGUAAAUAAAUUGAUUAUAUAGUCUGUUGUUGUAAAGUACAGUGCCGGAACUGGCAACUUUUAAAUCUAAAAAAGAACAGUAUUUGUUUCAAUAAGAGAAGUGUUUGGUUUAUUUAAUUAUUCAAUGUAAACUUGGUAUCCGAAAAUAUAAAUUAAGAUAAUGAAUAAUAUUGCACACUUAACAGGAAGACAAUGACUGAUGGAAGUUUUCAACUUUACACCAACUAUGUGUUAUUCACUUUUGUAUUCUAUCCGGUGUUCUAUAGCUAAAGAUUACUUCAGUGAAUUGAUAAUUUGUUCUUUUCUCAUAUCAAGAUGGUAUUCAUUAUCAGACUAUAAAUUCAUAACAAUACUUAAUGAAUUUCAUCAUGAAUUAUUACUUUUGUACAUUUUCAUCAAUGAUCAGUGAUAUAUUUUGAAGUAUAUUCAAUAUUAUGAAUUGUGGGAAAAUUCUGAUAUCACUAAUCUAUAAUCGUGUAAUUAUAAUAAUAAUUUCAUUUAAUCUAAACGUCAUAUUUAAAUGUGACUUAUUUUCUAAUUUUAAUUAUCAUACUUUAAAUGACUAUAUUUAUGUUAUUUACUUAUUAAGCAAUUUUAUUCAGUUGAUAAACUGUUUACUAUUUCCCAUUUACAUCACUUGAUAUUUGCUAUACUGUCUUUCUGAAGGAAUAGAAACAUUGAAACAUCUUGUUGAAUUAGAUCUUUCCUAUAAUCAAAUUGGUCAUCUACCUGAUUCAAUUGGCGAGUUAGUAUCUUUAGAAGUAUUAGAUUUGACUAGUAAUCGCUUAAAGGGAUUACCAAAUAGAAUUGGGGAAUUGGUUAGAUUAGUACAAUUAGAAUUAGAAUCCAAUCAAAUUAUAUCAAUUCCUUUAAACAUUGGACAAUUAUGUCAGUUACAAACACUUAAUUUAGAUGUUAACAAGUUAUCCAGACUUCCAUCAACUAUAGGCUGGAAGCUGGUUGGUUCUCUCCCACAAAAGGCUGUUGCUGAUGGUAUCCGGCCAAUGGAUGUUGAGUAUCAUGCGUAGACAGCUAUUGAUAAAUACCUGUACCUUCUUGAUGGUGGUUGUUGUAGUUCUCCAAGUUUCAGCUCCGUACAGUAGAACUGCCUUGACGUUGGUAUUGAAGAUUCUGACUUUGAUAUUGGUUAAAAGUUGUUUUGAGUUCCAUAUGUUCUUCAGUUGAAGGAAUGCCGCUCUAGCUUUGCCAAUCCUCGCCUUGACAAGUCUUAUUAUUAGUGUAAUUGAUAUACAGUUUUGAUGAAUAAUAUUUUAAAAUGUUGAAAAUUGACAAUUCAAAUUAAAUGUUUAAAUGAGAUCAUAAACCGAUUAAUGUUAGACCACCGUUGAAAACCUGGGAGCACUGAACGGUCGUUUCGUCCUAUCGUGGGAUUCCUCAGUAUUGUUCAUCCACAAUAGGACGAAGUGGUCGUCCUGUGCUUUCGGGUUUUCAAUGAUGAUCUAACAUCAAUCGGUUCCUGAUCUCAUUCAAAAACUUAAUAAUCUCCACAACUCCAUAUCGCUAAUUCGAAUUAAUAUUCUACUAUAAUGCCCAACAAAGUAACUUUCCUCUUAUCAAUGUCAUAUUGUUUCGUGUAUCACUUCUAAACUAAAUAUUAUCUCAACUUUUUUAUAAGUUAAUCAAUCAGUCAAUAACUUUCUGUCAUUUGAUCUCAAAUAGAUGGAUUUUUCUUUUGUAAACUAAAGUUUACAUUAUUUU